GGUUGUGGAAACUCACUCUGGCUGGUGUUCAUCUAUGGGUUACCAACCUUUAUAAAGCAUUACGAAAUGACUUAUUAACCACUAAUAAUGCUCUUGGUUAACACUGUAUUUUUAUUGAGGAAAGAGAAAGUGAGAAAAGUAGUAAUGCCACAGAUUUCAGACAUUGCAUCCAGACAGCUUGGUACAGUUUAGUCAGUGUUUGUUCAUUUCUAAAGAUUAAAUCGGAGAGAAAAUUACAAAUUUGUGUCACCAUCGGGGUGUAAAAUCAACUGCUGCUGCAUGGGGAAAUAAUGAGGUGCUCACUUUGUGCAGCUGUGUGAGGAUAAGUUAAUUUUCUAAAAUGAAAUGAAGGCCCAAUCUGCACGCAGGAAGUCCACUGAGUCUGUUUCCUCAAAUGUUGCAAAGAAGCAUAAAGUGAACUGGACUACAACAAAGGAAUAACAAUGCUGAAAUGAUAAAAUAGGUGGCAUUCUCCUUUAGGUGAUCCAACAGUGCAGAGACCAAGUUUGUGUGUCUUUAUUACCUGAAGUUACAUUUUGUUUGUAAUUUAAAGCAGAGGAAAUACGUUUUCAUUAAAGAUAUUUGUAUCAGCUCAAUAAAACUGCACAGAUAAAGAAGCUGUAACAUGUUAGUCCAUAAAUUAUGAGCUAUAAAUUUGAAACACACAGGAUAAAAAUAUUGAACACACACUGAUACCUAUUUUAAUACUUGGUGGUGAAUCUUUUGUUGGCAAUGCCAGCUUCAAGAUGCUUCCUACCUUCCAAAACUAUUGAUUUUUGUCUUAUCUAACCACAAUACAUCCUCCCAAUAACCUACAAGCUUCUCCAAAUGUGUAGCAAACUUCAAACAAGCUUUUCUGCAAGGAUACGACAUGCCAUGUUUAGAGGUGAAAUGGAUCUGCAUAUGUGUCACACCCCACCCUUAGGCGGCGCUAUGGGGCUAACAAAACUCCAGCACUGACCCAAAAUAAUCACAUGAACACCUUUAACACACUCAAAUCCAUGGGAUUUGCCGUCCACCAGGAUGAAAAAUACGAGACACAGGUGGAUCUUCCUGCAGGACAACAAUCUAAGGCAUACUGCAAAGAAGACAGUCAACUGGUUUCAGAUGAAGACAGUAAAGCUGUUGGAAUAGCCAUGUCAAUAUCAAGGCAUAAACCCACAGAGCAGGGGUAGGCAACCUUUAAAAUUUUAACUAUUCAAUUUUAUUUAUUACUGUUGAAGGCCUAAAGAAAUUUGGGUAAGGAACAAGAUUUACCAGCGUGCCCCCGAAAUCUUCCAGAUUUAAAUAAUGUGAGUGGAAGAACGGGCCAAAUCUCAUCUGAUCACUGUGAGAGAUUCGUUUCUUCGUACAGGAAGCAUCUCGAAGCUGGCAUUGGAAAUAUGGUUGAAGAAAAGUUUACUUAUGUCCCCCACUGUAUGAGAGGACUCAGAGCUUCAGCAUGUGGCUCUUCGGGGACUUCCACAGUCGCUCAGUGGACAUUCAGAUUCUGCUGUCUGUGCUGCUCUGUCUAUUUUUAGUCAGGGGAAGCUCCAUGGGAGAGCCUGUCAUGAAAAAGAUACACCUCCAUCUCAGUGGGACUCAUGGUGAAGGCUCCACAAGGGAAAACUAAAUGCUGAGGCGUUUAAACUCCACAGUGUGAUUGGGUCUGGCUUCUCACCCGCCUCUAUAAAUGUCCGAUGAAAAAGCAUGCCUCAUUAUAAGCUUCGCAGACCAGUCGACUGUAUAGUGAAGAUCAAGUGAAGCUGUCACCUGAUCUUACAGAACGAUGGAUGUGGAAGAGCUGAUUGAAUCCAUCAUCAGAGCACUCAUGUUUCUGGCAGGGAUCCUGGGAAACAACUGGCUGGCUAUACGCUCCCUGCCCGGGAAGAAAUCUGGCAUCCGCACCAACGAGAUCCUUUUCAUCAACCUGGCCGUCUCCAACCUCAUCACCAACUACCUGGUGGACCUGCCCGACACCAUGGCAGAUUUCGCCGGGCGUUGGUUCCUGGGGGAAACCUUCUGUGGCGUGUUUCGUUUUUGUGCUGACCUUUCUGAAACCAGCAGCAUCUACACGACCUUUUUCAUCAGCACUUUCUGGCACCAGAAGCUCGUCGGCUCCCUGAAGCGCGGAGGAGCGCCGGUGCAGCUGGACAGCCUGUGCUUGGUGGGAUGUCUACUGGCCGGGAGCUGGUCGGUGGCUUUGGUCUUCAGCAUCCCACACUUUUUCUUUGUCAAAGUGGAGAGCGGAAAUGGCAGCAAAGAAGACUGUAUAGAUGUUUUCCCUAAUGCAAUUGCAAGGCAAACCUAUGAGAUCCUUUAUUUAACCCUGGCUAAUGCAAUCCCUGUUGCAGGGAUUGUAUUUGCCAGCGUCCAGAUUGUCAUCACUCUGCUUCAAAACCAGCGACGCAUUAAGGGUCAUAACUCUGAUGCUACCAAGGAGAUGGUUAAGGAUGACAACAAGAGUGUUGAAAACAGACGUGAUGACACGUCAGACAGCGCCGUCUCUAUUCCAGGCACCUCAAAUGCUGCAUCCCUAACCCACAUUCAUUCUCCUUCCCGUCCAAAGGAAGGGCGGUCAGGUCAAAGCUCUCCCCUCAACAGGGAAACAAACACAGAAAGCAGAGCUGGAGCUCAACCAAAUCUUUCAAGGCCCAGCCAGAUGCCAGCUAAGCCUAGCUCGAGCUCAAGCACUCAGGUGAGGGCAGCCAAGAGCGUGGUGGCUGUAGCCAGCGUGUUCCUGGUCUGCUGGCUGACUCAUCUGCUUCUGCGCAUCACCAACAACAUCCACACCUCGUCGAUUUUGGUGGAGGUGGCCAGCUAUAUCGCAGCCUCCUACACCUGCAUCAUCCCCUACAUAUUCCUGCACGGAGUGAAAAAGCUUUCUUGCUCCUGCAAAGGGUAGAAAUUAUCCGAAUCUGUAAGAAUUGGCCCUCUGAUAAAUAAAAGUAUCUUACUAUUAUAACUUGAACAAGAAACUGAACUAUGAACUAUUUUCUUUUAUCAUUACAAUGCCAGCUUUUGUCUUUAGUACUACUUUUGAGCUGAAACAAUUAGUUGAUCUAUAGAUAUAGCAACUAUUUAGUUCAAGUCAUUCUCAAGCUCAAGUACCAAAUAUUUAAAACUUUUUCAGGUGUGCUUAUCAACCCAUAGCAAUUUAAUCCUCCCCCCUGCUGCUAAUUAUUUGUAAAACUGAACACACUACUGUACCUGAGAAGGCAGUUUUAAAGGUUUUGAAUAGUGUUUUCAAAACAUCAU